AUGUCAGACCUCGAACACUUUGACCUCCUCCCCAUCACCCUCAACCCCGACACCAAGGACGUCUCGACAGGCCGUACCUCGCGCGCGCUCAACGCCGAGCUUGCGCAGCUCAACGAGCUGCACCGCGCACUGCUGGCCCUCGAAACACCCGGCAACGUGCCCCCGCCCCCCAUCCCCGUGAACCCCAAGCGCACGGCGCAAGUCACCAAGCUCCGCGACAAUGGCAACAACGAGUACCGCAAGGCGAAAUACGACGACGCGGUCAAGAUGUACACCCUCGGUCUGCAGAUGGCGCUGCAGCGGCCGCUGUGGGAGCCGAGCGCGCUCGUCAGAGAGGAAGUCUCGGGCCUGCUGGCGAACCGCGCGCAGGCACACAUGGCGCUGUUGAACUGGCCCGAGGGCGCGGUCGACGCGCUGGCGAGCGUCGAGGCGCGGAGGGUGGGCAACGCAAAGGCGUGGUGGCGCCGAGGCAGAUGUCUGGUGGAGAUGGCGAGGCUGGACGAGGCGAGGGAGUGGGUGAAGGAGGGCCUCGAGGUGGAGGGCGAAGAGGCGGACCUGGUGAGCUUGCUAAAGGAGAUUGAUGCGAGAAUUGAGAAGCAAAAGGCGGAGCAGUAA